AUGGUCUAUUUCUCUCAUCAAUCAUUCGCUUUGGCAAUAUUAUUAAUAUUUGUUGUAAAUAAUGUAAAUGCUGAGAGAGCACCAUUGUCACCUGUGUGCUGCCACACUACUUGUCCAUUGGACCAGGUGUGUCUUUCAUGUAGCGGUCCACCAAGGUGUAUGCCAAUAUGCAGGUUCUUGUCAUGUCCUUCAAACACUCAGUGUACAAUUGCAUUGGGAUCAGAUGGAUUGUAUGAGCCACGUUGUUCAAUCAUCACUGUUACAACUUCGACACCGUCUAUAACAACAACCACAACAUCAUCAUCGUCAGAGGUAGAGGCCUCUUCGACAUCAAUAGAGAUCCCUACCCAGCCUCCAACCGAGCCUCCAACUGAGCCACCAACAGAGCCACCAACCGAGCCUCCAACCGAGCCUCCAACAGAGCCACCAACAGAGCCACCGACUGAGCCUCCCACCGAGCCACCAACCGAGCCUCCAACUGAGCCCCCUACCGAGCCUCCAACCCAGCCUCCAACUCAACCUCCCACCGAGCCUCCAACCGAGCCUCCAACUCAGCCCCCCACUGAGCCACCAACUCAGCCUCCAACCCAGCCACCAACUGAACCUCCAACUCAGCCUCCCACUGAGCCACCAACUCAGCCACCAACUCAGCCUCCCACUCAGCCCCCCACCGAGCCACCAACUGAGCCUCCUACUCAGGCCCCUACGCCACCCCCAAAGGUGCCAUUCGACUCAUUCUUUGCCCAGACACACGUGUUGCCACCUCAAGGAAAGACGUUCACAGUUGGCGAUAACAAGACCAGUGAUCUCCACCUUACUGGUGAUCGUGAGACACUUCUUAUCAUCAAACCAAAGGCAACCACAGGGAAUAAGAUAGUACGAAGCACGAUGGCCAAUGACUGGCCUGCACCACCCAAGGUCGACAUCUACACGCCAACAUCAGAGUGGACCAUCAGCAACCCAACUGCCGUGGCAUUGGCAACGACCAUCACCAUCAACCCACCAUCAGCCUUCCCACCGACAGAGUCCAAGGGCGACCCAAUCAUGACCAAUGCCUAUUCAGUUCGCAUUCCUCGUCAAUAUAUGAAGCCUGGCAUGAAGAUUGUGGUUGGAAGUGAUGACUCGCAGGCCAUCUUCCCAAAGGUUGGCAUGGACAGCACGUUGAGAAUGAUCAUGCUCCCAUUCUACAUGUUUGGCGCGAGAAAGGGUGUGGAAAUGCCUGCUGAAAAGGUCAUCCCAGACGAGAGUGCCAAGAAGUCAAUGUUCCAGUCUUGGCCAUGGGCCAAUCUUGACGUCACCAUGCAUGGUCUUAAUGAGAUUACAUGGCCAUCCAUGGCCAUUUCUCCAAGGGAUGGUGGCCAGGCCCAAAAGGUCUCUGGUUACACUGAAUUGAAAGAUGGCUAUGCGCUCAUGGGUGAGGUGCUUAAUAUCCUUGGACAGUUGCAAUCGACCAAUGGUGACAGCAACAGCAACAUGUUGUAUUACUCACCACUGAUUGUCUUGGACACACCAAAUGGAAAGAUUGGCUUCCUCGGCGGUGGACUUGGAGGAGGCAAGAAAGGAACUGGCGAUGAAGAGUACGCUGGCAUCUUCAUCCAUGAGAUGGGUCAUGCCAUGGGUGCACCCCACGCUGGAGAAGCUUACGACAAAGGUGAAUUCCCCUAUGUCAAAGGAAGUUUGGAUGGCUCAGUCAAUGGAUUCGACAGUGAUCACAAUGAGUUCCUGUCAACGUUUGUCCCCUCAAACGCAUCAAGCUUUGCAUCGUGCAAGGAUGAUCAUGUGUUGAAGGACGGCAAGUGUGUGAGACAGGACCCGAUGCAAGGUGGUGCUGGCGAUCAAUCGCAAGGCUACAGGUACACAAUGUUUUCGGACUUCAACAUGGCGCUGUUCCAGAGGUAUCUCGAGGGCACUAUAAAGGUGGACAACACGGGUAAGCACAUACUUAGUGACGGAUCGUUUACCUAUCGCCCUGCCAAGAACGUCUACGAGUACUGGGACACGAUCGACUUGAAGUGGGUCGAGAGGAAGAAUGAGACCACCGAUAAAGGCCUGUAUGGAAUCAAUGGAGGACUGCCCAAGCAGCGCGAUGUGUCCAUCUACACGGUGUUCAUGCAGCUCAACACUGCAAUUGGAUCAACUUGUGGCGCAGACUGCUCAAUCGCCUACCCCUUGUCUCCCAAGUACAUUGGCAACAUGAUCGAUUUCUUCGAUCCCAACGACCCAGUGCAGCUCAAAUUGAUCGAACCCAACAAGGGCGAGUACCCAUGGUAUUGCCAUGCAAGCGGCUGCGACUACACUAUGCGCGUCACCUAUGAGGAUGGCACCAAGUGGAUCAAGCUCCUUCAAAAGGGCAAACGCUCAUGGUUCAGUCCAACAUCUGAUGACAUUAAUCCAGAUGUCACAGAUCCAGUCAAAGGUGAUAGCGUAACAUGGUUUGUUGAGAACAUUCCCGGUGACAAGAAGCCCAAACUGGUUGAAUUACUGGAUACCCCAAAGGGCUUCAGUGGACCAACACCAACUGAUGCCAAGGUACUUCUCUCAGUGACCGUA